AUGAAGCUCGAACACCAGAGCAAUGGAAGAAAUCCCAUCGUCACCAUCAUCUACAAAAAAGGCGACAUUGCAAAACUUAGCAAUUAUCGGCCGAUUAGCUUGCUCUGUCAGAUUUAUAAACUUUUUACAAAGAUUUUGACCAUCUGGCUUACCAGUGAACUUGACGAAGCGCAGCCUAUUGAGCAGGCUGGCUUUCGGAGCGGCUUCUCAACCAUCGACCAUAUCAACACGGUUAAUCAGGUGAUGGGGAAAUGUCUCGAAUUUAACCGGCCCCUUGUCAUGGCCUUCGUCGAUUAUGAGAAGGCCUUUGACAGUAUCAAACAUUGGGCCGUGUUCCACGCACUUCAUCGCUGCCACAUCAAUUCCCGCUACAGCCACUCUACAGGAAAUGAGAGGCUGAAGAGAGUCUAUCAGAACGUCUGUCUCGGACAUCUUCUGUCCUUUGGUAAAGAGCAUCAGCCUAAAGAGAUCUCAAAAAGAAUUCAGCUGGGAUGGGCUGCGUUUAGCAAGUUAGGUGACAUCCUUAAAUCAGGUACGGUUCCACUGUGUCUGAAGACCCGCUUGUUUAAUCAAAGUGUUCUGCCCACCAUGACGUAUGGUGACGACACGUGGACGUUCACGCAGGAGACUGUAUACAGGUUGAUAGUUGCACAGAGGGCCAUGGAGCGCGCCAUGCUCGGCAUCAGCCUUGUAGACCGAGUUCUGAACGUUAAGAUCCGACGAUGGACGAAAGUCCAGGAUGCUGGAGCUCGGAUAAUGGAACUCAAACGGGGAUGGGCGGGACAACUAGCUAGGCAAGGUGAUGACAGGUGGAGCAAGACAUCUACUGAUGGGGCAAAAGAUGCGUCGGGCGCCCUGUUGUUGUGUAUGGUUGACAUGGUCUAUGCCUCCCAGAGUGAGGCCGGCACCGAUUAUUGA